AUGAAUAAGUCAAGCUUAUCAAUUUUGCACAAUAAUGGAAACACUGGCAAGCCAGUGGGUUCCAUAAAUAGUGACGGGGAUGCAGUUGCCCCUGAAAAGCAUCCGUUUCAGGAUAUGAACCAGGCCGAAGUCCCUCCGCCAUACCCUAAUUACGUUGAGGGUCAGCCCUUACCUUUAACUGGAGGUCUGCAGUUGAAACCGGAGCUCAACAUACCUUCCCCACAGGACGGAAAAAUGCCUGAUCAAUAUAUGCUAGAGGAUCACAUUAGUUUUCUUCGUACUAUCUCAGCCUUUCAGCACUAUAAAAAACAAGCCAUGGGCGUACGCGACAUGCGGUACAAAAACUUUUUAACAUUACAGAAUAAACAUCGUGACUUGCUCUGCGUUCAAUUGGAUACAAUGUUUGAGCGCUAUUCCCAAUGUAUUCAAGCCAACAGCACUUUUUUAGAUGCCAUCUGCAACUCUGGCGAGGAGCUCUUCAGGAGCUACUGGCCGGAGGGGACGACUGUACGAAUGGAGGACGUGCCACCGCCUACUUCACUAGAUAUGGAUAAGGUCUUCUCGACUCUCCGUCAAUUUGUGCGUGACUGGGCUGGCGAGGGAGCUCCAGAGAGGGAUUGCGUCUACAGUCCUAUUCUAGACGCACUGGAGCGCUGCUUCCCUAACCGUCAGCAACGACUUAGUAAACGUAUUUUGAUUCCAGGUGCGGGACUGUGCCGACUCUCUGUGGAGCUCGCGCUGCGUGGUUUCUUUGCCCAAGCCAAUGAAUUCAGCUACCACAUGCUCAUCGCUGGGGACUACAUACAGAAUCAUGUCACUGAGGCGUGUCAACAUAAAAUUUUCCCCUAUAGCGAUACUACCUGUAACUUAGUAAAUCGUGCUGAUCAGUUUGUCGAGGUACUCGUACCUGAUUUAUGUGCUUAUGAAGCGAUUGAUGAGCUUCAGAACAAGGGUUUAGAUUUUGGCGAGCUUUCCAUGGUCGCAGGCGAGUUUACUGAGGUCUACUCGAAGCCGAACCAACACAAAACGUGGUCAGCGGUUGUCACGUGCUUUUUUAUUGAUACCGCGCACAACAUCAUUGAAUACUUGGAAAUUAUCUACAAUUUAUUGGUCCCUGGCGGCUAUUGGGUGAACGUCGGACCUCUUCUAUACCACUUUGCCGACAGCGUUGAGGAUAUGUCGAUUGAGCUUUCUCUCGGGGAAGUGUUGACGGUGGCGCAGCGCAUCGGCUUUGUCUUGCUGUCCUCCCCGACGUUCAUUGACACAACAUACACGAAUAAUCAGCGAAGCAUGAAGCAGUUAGUAUACCGAUGUGCAUUCUUUUUACUACAGCGUCCACUUACCGAUGAACGCAGAGAGCUUGGGAACGACAGUGUUUGGAAUCCACCUGCGUAA